GACGGCAGCAGGCUCUGGAAUGUCUCAAGAGGUUCCUGUGAGCUCCACGAUGACGGGUGCAUCACCAGCCCUGGCUAUUCCGGGACCACGAGUGGACUGGAGGGUGACGGGCGGUGCACCAUUCAGGUCCGGCCCAGCAACAGCUGGCGCAUCCGCGUGGAGACUUUCCAAGUUCAUCCAUACUUCAGCACCUUCACCAUCAACGGCGUCAACUACGCCACAGACAGAAGUCCAAGCGAUCUCAACUACGUAGUGCCGCAGGGCAAGAUCGACUGGCGGCCCGACGAGGUAACUGAGACGCAGAGGUGGAAGCUGUGCCUGGAGCCGCCCCCGCGGCUGGAAAGCUGUAGGUUGGCAGCAGUUCUCAGACAAACGGAACUGGCCAUCAGCGGCUUCGACAUUAUCGCCGAGGGAGCCUUUGACCCUUUGGGCUGUCGUUUGAGGCGCUUGUCGCUGACCAACAAUACCUUCACCUCCCUGCCACCUCAGCGAUUCCGGUGCCUCAGCUGCCUGCAAGCCCUUGACUUGGGCAAAGGACAACUCGUCACCCUGGAGGAUGGGACUUUUGAAGGCCUGGAAGAGCUGCGGCUCCUCUCGCUGAGCCAAAAUCGGCUGAGGAACCUCUCCGUCGGGGUGCUUCGUCCCCUCGUCAAGCUGGAGCAGCUCCUUCUGGGCGGCAAUGAAAGGACGCGUGGAAACUAUCUGACCAGCUUGCCUGACGUCUCGCACAAUCUACAUCUGCAAGUCUUGGAUGUCAGCGAGAAUCAG